GUUCAAUUAAUUAUUUUGAAAUAAUAAUUAAUUGUCCACAAUGUCAUGUUACACUAUUCUCUUCACUGCCUGUCGAGGAACUGAAUCGGUUUGGUUAGCUCCUGAAUAGAACUGACUGUCGAUGCACGACAUUCUACACUUGUACAGGCAGCGUUAUCACCGGUGACUGGAGAAAUGCUCUAGCGACAACAACGAGGUAGAAAUCGAGCUGGAAAUGAGCGGCCAGGAAGCGCAGGAGCGAAUCAGGACUCUGCUAGGAAAGAAUAGGGCAUUUUUGCAGCAACAAGGAGUGGCCAGCGAUGUGUUAGAUGCAUUCGAACAGAAUGGGAGCCGCUCACUGGGCGAGAGCAGCGCUACGCCUGACGCGGUGCGCCUGAGUCCUGGUGGUGUUUCUGGCCAGCCUCUCGCCACAAGCAGUCCUAUUGCCAGAAGUAUACGAAAACUAGGAAAUAAUUCAGACAUUGGUAGCGUCACAGAAUCAACUGUAGCGGCUGAAGAUCCCGGUCGGAGCGGCUGUUCCGCCAGCAGUGCCCCGACACGCACCCACAACACGUUAUCUCCGGCCUUACGAGAUCUAUUCUCUAGCAGGGGGCGGAAUGGACCACCGAUUGAGGCUUGGACGGACGGGUCCAGGAAAGCCGAUGCUCUGGCAAUAAAUGAUUCAAGCUUUGAUAAUUCGACUUCAGGUGCCACUACAACCGACAACACAGAACACCAUGACGAUGAAAGGUCGCUGACCUCAAUGUCACCAACUAAAACCGAUUUAAAGGUUGUAGGCACGGUACCAGUGGGCACUACGCCAUCGCCUGUACAAGUGAAUUUCGUUGAUUUGCCUUCCCAGCCUUCCAGUACCAGCAAUACAGCGGACGGCACAACACAGCGGUCGACGCGCACCGCCUGGCAUGGCGAGAGUGCUUCCGGUGUCGACACAGCAUUGUUCACAUCACGGCAGGCCACCCAUACAUGUAGCUCCAGUAGCAGCGGACGUGGCAGUAUCAACAAUACACCUGCUGUAGCAACCGCGCAUGACAAGCCACAGCGCUCAUCCAAGCAUGCAGCACGGAGACAGAAGCAAUUCCGAAAGAAGGUGGCACCGGAGAUGGCACCAUCAACGUCGAGUCCGGAGGCAGCAGACUCUACCGAUCCAGUCUCAUCACCGGAUGUAGUAACCGAGGGCAUAUUGCUAGGCUCCCAGGCUGCUGUGGCCAAUGACGAUGCUAUAGAAGAACGCACUGCGGCCAGCAGUUUGGCAACACGUGGUGGUGAUAGACAGCGUCCUGCAUCAUCCGCUGAUGGAGACUCGGGAUUGAGAAAUGCACGUCUUCCAGCGACGGUUAGCUUACCUCCUGCUCCGGAUACCCGUAAGCCGGUUAGGCCUGCUGCUCCUCCACCGUACUUCCUGCCAGCACACCAGGAGUCACGACCAGCUGACCUCUCGGCGCUGCCUUGCCCGGAGUACGGAGAUUACAACCUGGCAGCUGCUGCAACACCUGCCAACUCCUCAUUCAACGCAUUCUCAGGCAAACCAAGCACUGGUGCUCCUAAGCCAUCCGCGCAAAGCAAAGCCAAGCCUAGGAAUGAAGCAAAUACAGGAGAUGCACAAAUACCUCCUCUACACCAUGCUGCCUGGGUUGGUGACUCCAGGCGCAUAAAGGAGUUGCUCAGUCAGGGACACCAUCCCGACGCACUGGACAGUCAUGAUAGAACAGCUCUGAUGUACAGCUGCAGCUCUCACGGUGUCAACAUCUUCUGUGCAGAUGCACUGCUACGUGCUGGAGCCAACCUGGACCACCAGGCCAACGAUGGCUCGUCACCAUUACACGAGGCAGCAUAUGUUGGUGCUCUGUCGCUGAUUGAACUGCUGGUACACAAUGGAGCCUCUGCGAGUCUUCGGGACGAUCAAGGACGCCUUCCCAUGCACUACGCAACAUAUAACAAGACUGAAAAGUGCCUCAAGGCUCUGCUGAAGGCUAAGAAUACCAAUAUCAAUGCAUCGGACAAGGCAGGUAUGACAGCCCUGAUGUGGGCUGCCUAUCAUGACCGGCCGACCAUCUGCACGUACCUGGCCAAGCUGGACGCUGAUCGAGAGGAGAAGGACGUGGAUGGCCGAACCGCAAUGCACUGGGCUGUUCACAAGACCAAUAUCACUUGUCUCAAGCUGCUACUGGAACAUGAUAUGACAUACUUCAAGGACCACAAGGGCCUCACUGUUUUGCACAUUGCUGCUGAGAAAGGCUCUGUCAAAGCAGCCCGCUUCAUCAUCUCCAUCCGGGAAGACAGUGUACAUGAUCUGGACAAGAAUGGCCGUUCACCACUGCACUGGGCUGCAGUAUGCAGCAGAGUUGACGUGUGCGCUGUCCUGCUGGAGUUCGGAGCUAGUCCGAACCUGAAGGACAAGCAUGGCCUGUCUCCGCUGGACUACUCCAAGCAGAAGAGCCUGUCUUACGUCAGUGCUCUGUUCACUUGCUUUGAUUGGGACAGUCGACCAAACCUGUCCACGACUGCAAGUCGGAUAUCGCUUUUGAAUCGCUGGUCAGGUCGAGUAGCGCCGAUGUCCGCGCGCCCGGCUGCUGCUGGUAGUAGUGCAGAUGUCAGCAGCACGGGCACCGCUGACACACGGUCGCUGGUCUCUGUCAGUUCAACUGGCAGUGGCUCCAUGGGCAAGGCGCCUGAUACUCAACAGUCGAUCACGCUGCCCGAAGAUUAUCGCCAGCUGCUUGAGGAUGGUACAUACAUGAAGGUAUUCACCAAUGACGGGAAAGGUCCACUGCAAGAUAAGUACUUCUGGGUGACGCUGGACACCAGGCACAUCUGCUGGUGUAAACGCCGUGCUGACCGAAUCCUCGGUGACUACUCCAGCGCGCGUGCCUUGAGCAUCACACCGGGUGUAGAGGAGACCGUCAAGGCCAGAGCGGACUACAAGCCAGCGACAACACACCGCCACAGUAUGGUGCUGAAGACCACGUCAUUCGUCAUGACCACACUGGCGUACACGCCACAGCACUUCAAGGCCUGGACGCAGGGCUUUGGCAGCAUGCUGCAGAACCAGAGGGCGGAUAGCGAACGCCCACUGUCACCUCUUUGGGCGGGAGAUGCCUGGGGUGCAGUCAAUCAGCGCUCUAAGCCUACAUCCAGUGCACAGGGUUUAUUUCAGACCGUUGCCUCAAAUCAGUCCACAGGAAGCAGUUGAUAGUACAUGUGCGAGGUCACGUAACCGAAACGUUUAGACAUCAUUUUGUUGUUCAACAGUAUUUGCUUGAAAAGAUCUAGGCGAUAUCACUUGUGCAUUGCACAAUCAGUCUUAUUUAUUUUCCACUUUGUUUAUUUCCAGUCCAAGUGCAUAAAUAUAGUACAACUGUUUUUAGUGAA